GUUCUUUAAGUGCAUACCCAAAGCUAUAUCCUGCCCCACGUCUCUGCCCCUCCAUUCCGAUUCGGCCAUUUCUACUUUGAAGUAAACUUAUAACUAUCAGAUCUAUCAGAUACUCGGAGCUAGGAUAUAUCAGCGGCAACACUGGAAUAUAUAAAAACAAAUAUGCCUUCAGACGACCUGUUUGAUGAUAUUCUGAACUUAGAAGAGCAGUAUUACAAGGAAGGCUACGAUGAGGGUUACAAGGAUGGUGCUGAAGCCGGCCGGAUCGAAGGCCGCUCUGUUGGUAUGAAGACGGGGUUUGAGAAAUUCUUAGAAGCCGGCCGGUUACAAGGAAAAGCUAUAGUCUGGCAAAGCCGGUUACCCAAUCAACAAGAGCCAUCUACACUCAAUAUCAAUUCACAGCAGGAGGCGGCGCAGCCUGGGCCAUCGUCUAGUUCUCAAGAUGAGAAGGACCCCGAACAAAAAAGGUUACCGCCUCUCAACAGCAACCCGCGACUGGAAAAGAACAUCACUAUGCUGUAUGGCAUACUGGAGCCUGGGACGCUGUCGACUAAGAACGACGACGAGUCGGUCAAUGACUUCGACAGCAGGUUGAAAGGCGCCCAGUCCAGAGUUAAGAUGAUCGAGCGAGCCAUCGGUGAAGGAGCUGGUGAUAAAGGCUCAGCCAGCAGGAAUCGCCAGCCAGCCCAGAAGAACGAGAAUAUCGAGGAUAUCGGGAGGAUACCGCAGAGGACAGAAGUUGUAAUGGGCAAUAUAUGAAUACCCUUAAAUCAGUGAUUAAAGGGGGGUGGAUUAGCUACUAGUAUCUUCGUAUAAGAAGCCUAUAAAUACCAUGGCAUCUAGAAUUAGGCACACGCCAACGAAACAGUCAGGCCGGUAAUAUAAACUCGGAUAAACUAUUAAUUUCAGUAGUACCGU